AUGGUGAAGGCGGAACCCCGAGGAAACGGAGGUGUCCUGCCGAAGAAACGCAAACAUGUUCAGGAUGUAACCUUUGUGCCUGAAGUAAAGAGAGUUAAGCAGGAUCUUCUGGACAGUACUGCACUAGUUCGUCGUCCCACAGCACUUCCUUUUGCAAAGCGUCGGGCUGUCGAUGUCGUUAAUGAUGUCCUGUCACGACUUCAAGGUGGUGACCGUCAGAUUGCUUCUAUCUUGCUACGAGAGUUCUCAAUCGAACAUCUCCCAACUUUUACCGAGGACGUUUCUGAUGUUGUCAAUCUCAUAAUCACAUCUGCUUCUGUCACCACAUACGAUCAAAUCGCAAAGCAACUUCUCAGAAUGCUACUAUGUAUUAUGCAAAGAUUAGCUACAUCCUCCUUAUGGAAUGUUGUAGUUCAGCGUUUACUGUCAGAGGCUGGAAAAGAAGCAAACCUGUUUGCACGCUCGUACUUAGACGAUGGAUUGCUGCUUUUGCUAACAGAAGGACUCAACAGUGGUGCUAUAUCUGCAGAUUGCAUUCCUCUGAGAGUAUUGCGUUGUGCAGAUCGUUGUUUACACUCUACCUCGCAUACAUGUAGAUGUGCAGCUAUCGGUUUUCAUGUUGCGCGAGUAAUGAACAGAAGGCCUGAUUCAACGUCUCUGCUUAUUCUGGAAAAGUUGCUGUGUCAAAUGACUACGGAUAUGGAUUCAAGAGUUCGCCUUUCGGCAAUUGAAGGAUUGUCCUUACUCAGUGGGGUCGAGGAUGGGCUCACGAUCCAUGCUUAUAACACAGUUAAAAGCUUAGUUAAUGAUUCGCACAAGCAGGUCCGUAUCAUCGCCUUGCGGAUCCUCCUUGUAUUCGCUAACAAAAUACCUACUUUCCUCAUUACAAGUAGUUUCUCUGAUGCAGUGGAUGCUAAGUUGCAGCUUAGUGACGAUGCAUUUUCCAUCGUUUGCGAUGCCGUCAACGAUCAGGAGGUCAUGGUAAGAACAGAGGCGGCCACACUGCUUGGUCAAUUCAACACAGUUUCCGAUGCAUUUCUCGACCAAACUCUUGAUAAGAAAAUGAUGAAAACUGUGCAAGACGCGACUGGGCGCGAGCAGGUGAAAAAGGUUCACCAGUCGCGGUUUGCCAUCACACAAGCUCCACAAAAUCAGCAGCAAAGAGAAUCUCGCUGGAAGUCUCACUACCAAGCACAACCACGACAAAAACAAUAUGCGUCUGACUGGUCGUCUGGGAAGGAAUUGAAUGCGCGCUGUCCACCCAGUGGAACUACCACAUCUCCACAAGAGGACUCGGAAAGUAUAGUUCCGAGAGGCGCAUGUGGUGCUUUUGUUUCUGCCCUUGAGGACGAGUUCAUGUCUGUUCGACGUGCUGCUGUCUAUUCUCUUGGUCGGUUGGCAGCAAACAGACCAGCUUUUGCCACCUCAGCUCUUGAUCAUCUGUCUGAUAUGUUCAAUGACGAAAUCGUUGAAGUGCGCCUUGAUGCGAUUGCUGCGUUGACACCAUUGAUUGUUCACGGGGAAUUACAAAAGGAACAGUUGGAAACAGUUCUUAAGUGUUUGGAUGACGCAAUAGUGGAUUCACGGCAAGCUCUGCGUGAACUUCUAUGCAAAGCUGAGUUCGCUGAUGCAGAAUGUAUGCGAGUUUGCUCGAGAGCAUUGCUAAAUUGCCUUCAUCGCUUUCCUAGUGACAAGACUCAUAUUUAUAGAUGUUUGAGUGAAGUUGGUGCACGGCACGCAGUCUUCGUUCACGGGAUGGUUAGAGAAUUGCUUGGUCUACAUCUAGUUUAUGAUACUAGAGAGCAGCAAAUAGAUGACGUAUUUUAUAUCGCCAAGCUCAUAUUGAUUUUGAAUGCUGCUGCCAACUACGAACCAAUAGUUUCCUUGCUACCUGAAUGUGUUCUCAAGCAUUAUCGAUAUUUGCGUGCGGCAGCACCUGAUCUUGUGCCACCUAUCAGGGUUUUGGAAAAAUCCAGCGCAAGUUUGACGUCACUUGUGCCUUUAUCUUCUAAAGAACAACCUGCUACGACGUCAGACAUAUUACUGAACACGUACGAAAGGUUACAGGAGGUUAUUCGAGAACCAACUCUAGCCGAUAGAAAUGCACUGCGAAGAUGCAUCGUCGAAGAUGCUAAUGCAAUCAGCGCUUUCAAUGAACCUCUAGCAGGCGCAUCCCGAUUUAUUGCGAGUCUGUGUGAAAUAACCUCGGCAUUAGAAUCGCUAACGCAAGUGGUAUUGAGAGGUGGUGGUGAUAUAUCAGAUGCAGCUAAUACAGUACAUCAAGAAUUAGUACGGGUUCGAUGCGCGGAGUAUCAAUUCGCCGGUAUACCUCCACAAAUGGCUUCGUUCCUUGUUGAAGCAGGCCUGUUCUUAUCACUGCUAGAAUUAUUCGUAGAGAUGAGUAUCUCGCCAGAACGAUAUGCACAAAUAGUGCUGAGAAUUCGUGGAGUUGUUACAGAUGCUCAAAAUCGAUGGGGAAUGGUUGGAGCACCGUGUGACCAAGCGUUAUCGCUGAUUUCGGCCAUACUGGAACCACUCGACUGUGAGCAGGCUGAUGGCAAAAAAAUACUCUCCGUUGGGACAUUUGGACAUCUGCUCGCUACGCAUGCGCCAUUUCUGCCAGACUCUUUUCCUGAUGUCGGCAAUAUUCGUUCAAAAUGGGCGCAGAUUUCUGAACCAAAUCGUGAUGUUGCUGUAGAAAAGCCUCUUCGUUUUGUGGCGGGACUACCGUGUGCUGUUCGACUUGUGGCUUCCCUUAACUACCUCGACGAAAACGAUCUGCGAAACCUCCGUGUACAGGUCGACUAUCCCAAUAACUCGCGCGACUAUUUUCGUCCCCGGCCGACGGACAUUUCCAAGGAAGGAGACCGUAUAUCAUCCCUAGUAUUGAUCUCAUCCUCAGAAGCGUGGAGUGAUGCAGCUGAUGUAACACUGACACUUGUUCUCCUCGCCAGCUCAUCAUCCCAAAAAAUAGUUGCGGUUCCGUUACUGGACUCACCCAGCGGUGCCCAACCGUCUUCGGAAACGAACGAGGAAUCGAUAGUGACAUUGUUCACCCAUAACAAAGAAUACAAAGUUCUUAACAACACGAAGAUUGCUAGCACUUGCAUCGCACUUGCACAACCCUGA